ACAACUGGAGCCACUUCCGGCUAUCACCUGUCGUCGAGACGAAAGGAAAUAAAAAAUUAUCAAAUUCUCCAAUGAAAAUUUAAAAGUAACGGAAAAUCGGUAUCAAAAAGAUCCCUCAAUUCUCACAACCUCGAAAUUAAAUUUCAAUCAUGAGAGCAAAUGGAAGAAUCGAUCGUCUCCCGGAAACCCAUACAACCGAUCGAGUGAUGGAAAAUGAGGAGAAUAAUUUUUGACGUGUGCAGAUUUGUUGAGGAAUUGAUGGAUCAAAUUGAAUAGCGUCCACGGGGUGUGAAAGUGAUGGCACCGGGCACAACAUUCCGUUCAGUUUUCUCAAUUUUCAAUAAAAUUCCUUCAACUUCUGGAAGAAUAAAAGGUAAACCCCGGAUAAAUAUCCCUUUGAAUUCAUCAAACACCACCGGCAAUUCCUCCAUGAUGCUGAUAACGAGUGUCAAUUUUUGGGAGAGAUAACCUUACGUACCUGGCAUUGUCAUAUCAGUGUUUUUUUUAAAGAGCAAUUGUUGAAAAUAAAUACUAAACACCCAGGUGAAGAGAAUCAAGGAUUUUUACUCGAAAUUCUCAAUCCUCUGGGGAAAUAUUUCAUUUUCAAAUGAAAUGAAUAAUUCGGGUAAUUUCGAUGAUCAGGAUCCUGAUUAUGCAACUCCUGGACCGAGUACUAGUUAUCAACAGAAGAUUUACGAAGAAACAGCCAGAACGAAUGCCUCCCGGAAGAUCACCUCGAUAAUCGACCGUGAAUUCUCUCUAGAAAUCGACACAAAAGAGAAAGAAAUUCUCCAAAUCCAAGAUAAAUUGGACAAAGCCUUAAAAACCCUCCACUUCCUCCGGUACGUGAUAAUCUCAGAUUUCUACACUCGAAAGCAAUGUCUAGUAAAUCCACCAUCGGAAACCAAACAAAUCCGUCUGCACCCAGCCGUGCGUUCCUCCACAGGGAAGUCCCCGAAGUUCCAGGACCUCCCCUCGACCUCGACGUCCUCCCCGACGCUCUUGAAGCCUCCCCCAGACCUGGAGACACCUGAAAUUCCUCUCCAAGACCUAGCCAGGACGUUAAAAAGAUCUCCGGAGAAGACUGAGCCCUCCCUAGAGCCUCCACGAAAAAUCCCCAGGUACGUCCCCCCAAAAAUCUCCAAUCCAGACCCCAAAAUUCCCUCCAGGGGUGUCCGUCAUAAAAUCCGAAAGCGAAUAGUCGUGGGAAAUAUCUCGAAAUGGAUUCCCCCGGACUGGAGAGAGGACGCUGCCUCUCACAAGUGGACGAUGUACGUCAGAGCCCCGAAGGAGGAAUCCGAUAUCUCGGAAUUCGUCACAAAAGUCAGAUUCUUUCUGCACCCCAGUUAUCGUCCCAACGACGUCGUUGACGUGACGUCCCCGCCCUUUCAUCUGUGUCGGAGGGGCUGGGGAGAAUUUCCCCUGAGGGUGCAACUCCAUUUUAAGAAUCAUAAUAACAAGCCAAUGGAUAUUAUCCAUCAUCUCAAGCUUGAUAGAACGUACACGGGGCUCCAGACUCUCGGAUCAGAGACUGUAGUAGAUAUUUGGAUAAAUACUCUGACCCCCGACCUCUCUGAUAACAAAAUGGCGAGGGGUAAACUCGAGAUAAAGCAGGAGAUAAUGGAGGACUCCACGGGGUUCACUGGUCAGUUUCCAGGGAUUAAAGAGGAGACGGUUCACGAGGAUGAGGUGAGGGUACUCUCUCAUGUCCAUUUUGAGCACGAUUACGCCAUCUUCGGAGGGCCUGAGGAGGGAAACAUAACAAUCGCACAUUCUCCCGAGAAAAAGAACGAUUCUGAUCCCCCCAAUCAUGAAGAGGCCCUCGAGGCAACGAAUUCUUUGAUACAAAAUGGUGAUUCACCCGUAAAUAAAUCCCCCGUGAAUUCCGAGGGACAAAUUUUACCGAAAAUAUUUGAGAACGGCUCCUCGGUGCUGGAGCCCCUGAAGAUCACCAUCCCCUCGCACUUCAGCUCCCUAAAUCUAAAAAAACAAGACAAUCAUCCCCAGAUCAUCGUCCUGAGAAACAAUAACCAUAAAACCAUAAAGAUCGACGUGAGCACCACCCCGAAAGCCGUGAGUCUCCUGAAGAAGUCGAAAAACCCCAUCAACCUGACUCUCGAUCCCACGAAAAGCAUAAUCCUGAAUUCCUCAUCUAAUAUUCCUGUCCUGAAGAUAGCUGAGCCCCAGCCAAAACCUGUGGAAUUCCGGGACAAGCCCAACGGUAAAUUGACGAGGGGAAAAGUGACGAUUGGAAAGGAUAAAACGAAAUUAGGAAGCAGGAGGGAAUUCUACGAUGGAAUUCUCAGGAGUCUCGAGGAUAUUAAGAUAUCGGGGGAUGUAGAGGGAGUUAUGAGGUACAUUAUCAAGAGAAUUCCGAUAGUGUCGUCUCACUCGGGUGAUCCUGAGUAUCGGAGGCUUCAUCCUUACGUUUGCAGCAGUGACGAGGAAUUUCUAGGAUUUAAUCCUGGAAAGCAGAGGGCGCUGGAGUGGUAUAGGGCUAAAGAGGUUCGCGGUUUGUUGAGGAGGAGGGGAUUUGGGGAGGAAUUGUGGACAAUUAAGGAGAUUAUGGUCUGGUGUCGAUUGCACGGUUUUACUCCUGUGAGGGGGGGUGGGGGUAAGUCGGAGAAAAUGGUGGAUGUGGGGGAGGGGGAGGAAUUCAGGAGUUGUACGGAACCAGUAGAAUUUCUCGAGUGGCUGCAAAGUGGGGCAGAGGAGAGGGAGGACGAGGAGGAGGUUGAUGUGGUGGGGGAGGGAAAUGGGGGGAGGCAAGGGAUUGCGGAGCAGGAGGGGUGGGGGGUUGUGAUGGAAGUGCCAAAAUCAGCUGAGCCGAUUUACUCGUAUGUCUGUGGAACUGCCAGGCAGAUUGGUGUUAAACUCCUCGGGGAGGAGGUCGUUCAGGGUGUCAGACAUGCAGCUGCUGGACGCGUUUUGGCUAGGGCUGUCGAGUGUCUGAUGGAAGAUCUGCUGAGGUCUUCCUUCGCUCAAUCUUUUGAGAGGAGUGGGAGUCGAGGAUGUCCAGAGAUAAUUGGAUUGGAUGACGUACGCGCUGCUCUAGUUAAUCGAGAAGAAUUUGAUGUUUUUACGAACAAUGGGAUUGGGACGCAGAACGGCGAGUGAUUUUAAUUCCAUCCAACUGGGAUAUUGAAAUAUUCGAUCUCUUUUUUGAGAAAAUUAUAGACUGGCUUGAAGUAACUCAGGAGUGGCUCUGCACGUGGCUCCGGUGUUCUUGUCAAUUUUUUUAACGCCGAAGGAAGGUCCAGUGUGCUACCCAUCUUCAUUACGCUCCUGAAGAAAAAAAAGGAUUUUUUUUAUUGUUUGAAUGUGCUUCAUUUUUUGU